CAGUUCCUGAUGAAGUCUCCUUAAAGAUCAUGUGCCACUGUUCCCAUUUCAGUCCGCCUCGCUGCCUGUCAGACUGACACAACUGGCUGCUUCAGGGCUGAACUCCACCAGCACUCCAGCUGUAUCCAGGACUUCACAUCACCCAAACUCGACCAACACUGAGAGAACGCAUAGCUUGCCAAAACCAGACAUCCCAGAAUUCUGCAGCGAGAUGAAGAUGUUCCAAUCCUGCUGGCUGCUUCUGGUGGCUUUCGUCCCAGUGACCUUCAGCACCAAUGCUGGGGUGAAGGUCACGCUAACGGAAAAGGGCCUUGAAUACGGCAGAAAACUUGGAAUGGCCACAAUCCAACAGAAACUCCAAACUGUCAAGUUGCCAGAUGUGUCGGGGAAAGAGAAAGUGUCACCCAUCGGCAAAGUCGAGUACCAUCUGUCAAACAUGCACACAGUCAGCGUGCAACUGCCGUCAUCCACAGUGAGUCUGGUACCAGGGACCGGGGUUCAGCUCUCAAUAGCUAAUGCCUUCAUCAACCUGGAUGGAAACUGGAAAGUCAAAUACCUCAGGGUCAUAAAGGACAGCGGCUCCUUUAAUCUGAAGGUGAGCGGACUCGCUGUCAGUACGACUAUCACAGUCAGAAGUGAUGAGACGGGUCGACCUGCAGUCAGCACAGUUAGCUGUGCAGCCACCGUCGGCAGCGUCAGCGUCAAGUUCCACGGUGGAGCCAGCUGGCUCUACAACCUCUUCACAAAGUUCAUCGAUAAGGCCCUGCGCAGCUCUCUGCAGGGAAAGAUAUGUCCCCUGGUGGCCGACGCUGUGUCUGAUUUAAACCCUCAUUUGAAAACUCUCAACGUUUUAGCUCGAGUGGAUCAGUACGCAGAGAUCGACUACUCCAUGGUGUCAUCACCCACAGUUUCAAAGUCUUCAGUCAACUUGGAUAUCAAGGGUGAAUUUUACAACAUCGGGAAACAUCAGGAACCUCCGUUCUCUCCUGCAGUCUUUUCCCUGCCACCAGAGAACAACAACAUGUUGUACAUCGGACUCUCUGUCUUCACUGCCAACUCUGCAGGCUUUGUCUACAACAAGGCCGGAGUCCUCAGCCUCUACAUCACCGAUGAUAUGAUUCCUAAAAGCUCUCCCUUUCGACUGAGCACCGCUUCAUUUGGAAUUUUCAUCCCACAGGUUGCCAAACUCUUCCCGGGUCUGCUGAUGAAACUCAUGGUGAAGGCAACAGCAAACCCCCUCUUAACCUUUGAACCCAACAAUGCAACCGUUCAGGCUUCGGGCACAGUGACGGCCUUUGCGAUCCAAACCAAUGGCACGCUGUCUCCCCUCUUUAUCCUGAAUCUGGAGAGCAGCGUGAGCGCAAAACUGUUUGUCAGCAGCUCGAGGCUGGCUGGAAGCGUGACCCUCAACAACAUGAACAUGACCCUGGGGACAAGUUACGUGGGAGACUUCAAGGUCACGCGCCUGGACGCCGUCUUCAACAUGGUCCUGAAAACGGUGGUGAUUCCCAAAGUGAACGCUCAACUUGCCAGUGGUUACCCGCUUCCUACGAUUGGACAGAUGAAGCUUGUCAACACCUCGCUUCAAGUCCUGAAGGACUACAUGCUGAUCGCCACAGACGCUCAGUUUACCAGCUGAACCGCAUUUUUUUUUACCACAUGAAGAUACGAUCACAGCUGACAAAAACAACCAAGGCCUGAAAAAUGAAAAUUUCAAAGCUACAUGUUCUUUUGUUUUUUUGUAAGGAUCAUAUCAGGAGGCACUGUGUCAGAUUUGUUAACUGUUGAUUUAUUUUAUUUUUUUAAGGAUCAAAUCAGUCAGAACACACACAGAUGUGUGUGUGAAGGUGGUGAAUAUGUGCCUGAAUAAACCCAGUUUAGUCUU